AGAGAGAGAGAGAGAGAGAGAGAGAGAGACAGAGAGAGCGCUUUCGUUUCGUUCUCAUUUCGUGUCUCCUCCCUCUUGUUCAUUCGUUUCACGUUUCUGCUUCCGUCUUCCUUUGAGGGGGGAAACGGCAGCGAAAAAGCUUCCAUUUUUCUUGAUAGGGUUUGUCAGUCUUCAUCGAUCAUUAAUCGUCUUCUUUUGCCUCAGCUGUUUGAUUCGUGAUCAGCCCUUCUUUUUCGUGUCUUCUUGUUUGGUGGAUCUCUCUCUGCAUUGCAUCAAGAGGAGUGAUCUUUGAGCGAGCCGUUCACCGACAUUUCCAGCCCUGCCCCCCCAUUUUUUUGCCCUUCUGCUUUGCUUGACCCAGAAGCAAUACCACAAAGCAAAUAUUCUCUGUCCAACUCUCUCCUUUUCACAGAUAGUUCAAUUGCUAGAUCACAGAGAUCUGCUUGCUUUCAUCAGCUCUGGUCCCUAGCAUCACAUCCUUCUUCUCUCGAAUUGCUCUGUUUCUAGAUCGAAAAGCAGAGCAAACGAGUCUCUGUUGAAAUGGACCGGCUCUCUGCAACUAACGCGUUUGAAGGAGCAAGAGACGACAUAUCCAUGCAACUGUCGCUUAUUUGGGCUCAGAUCAAAGCGCCAUUGCUCGUCCCGCUGCUCAGGAUCGCGGUGUUCCUGUGCCUGACCAUGUCGCUGAUGCUGUUCAUCGAGAGGGUGUACAUGGCCGUGGUCAUCCUCCUCGUGAAGCUCUUCGGCCGGAAGCCGGAGAAGCGGUACAGGUGGGAGCCCAUGAAGGACGACGUCGAGCUUGGCAACUCGGCCUAUCCCAUGGUCCUGGUUCAAAUCCCAAUGUACAACGAGAGAGAGGUUUAUCAGCUCUCGAUUGGAGCCGCGUGCGGUCUCUCGUGGCCGUCCGACCGCAUCAUCAUUCAAGUCCUCGACGACUCCACCGACCCGACGAUCAAGGAUUUGGUGGAGCUGGAGUGCCAGAGGUGGGCGAGCAAAGGGAUCAACAUCAAGUACGAGAUCCGGGACAACCGAAACGGGUACAAAGCCGGGGCUUUGAAGGAGGGCAUGAAGCGGAGCUACGUGAAGCAGUGCGACUACGUCGCCAUCUUCGACGCCGACUUCCAGCCCGAGCCCGACUUCCUCUGGCGGACCAUCCCUUUCCUCGUCCACAACCCUGAGGUCGCCCUCAUCCAGGCCCGUUGGAAAUUCGUGAAUGCGGACGAGUGCUUGAUGACGAGAAUGCAGGAGAUGUCUCUGGAUUACCAUUUCACCGUCGAGCAAGAAGUCGGGUCCUCCACCUACGCCUUCUUCGGGUUCAACGGCACGGCAGGUGUAUGGCGAAUUGCCGCUCUGAACGAGGCGGGAGGUUGGAAGGACCGGACCACCGUGGAAGACAUGGACUUAGCGGUCAGAGCGAGCCUUAAAGGAUGGAAGUUCGUGUACCUCGGGAGUCUCAAGGUGAAAAAUGAGCUGCCUAGUACCUUCAAGGCUUACCGGUAUCAGCAACACCGCUGGUCGUGCGGUCCCGCGAAUCUUUUCAGGAAGAUGGUCCUCGAAAUCGUUCGCAAUAAGAAGGUCACUCUAUGGAAAAAGGUGCAUGUGAUUUACAGUUUCUUUCUGGUCAGAAAGAUCGUAGCGCACAUCGUCACCUUUGUCUUCUAUUGCGUUGUGUUGCCGGCGACUGUUCUUGUUCCCGAAGUCACCGUUCCCAAAUGGGGUGCAGUUUAUAUUCCUUCCAUUAUUACUCUUCUUAAUGCUGUCGGUACUCCUAGGUCACUCCAUUUGAUGGUUUUUUGGAUCCUGUUCGAGAAUGUAAUGUCGUUCCACCGAACGAAAGCAACCUUCAUCGGCCUCUUAGAAGUAGGGAGGGUGAAUGAAUGGAUUGUCACCGAGAAACUCGGGGAUGCGCUCAAAGUUAAAGCGUCUAACAAGGUGCCCAAAAAGCCUAGAUUCAGAUUCGGAGAUAGGUUACAUCUGCUAGAGCUCGGUGUCGGAGCCUACCUCUUCUUUUGUGGCUGCUAUGACAUUGCCUUCGGGAAGAAUCACUACUUCAUUUACCUUUUCGCGCAAGCCAUGGCCUUCUUCAUCAUGGGAUUUGGGUACAUCGGCACCUUCGUUCCUAAUUCAUAGAACAAAUCAGGGUGCAGAAGCCGCGAAUCUGUCCCUGCACAUUCUAUCAUCAGAACCUCAAAAACAAACUACACAAAUGUGGUUUGCCACACACAUUUCCCUGCAAUUUCGGCUUUCCAUAAAGGUAAUACAAAGUAUUAAAAGUCAUUCUUCCAGUUCAAGAAGGCUACCUGCCCUCUUUGUAAAUACAAACAAGGGUUAGAAACAAGAACAGAAAGGAGAAAAUAUAAGAAGAAAAGAAGUUGUAAACGAGAGUUUGUUUUGCUGUGACGACAUUACACGGCCUCAGAGAAGAUAAAAAGGGAAGGCAGCUUCGGGCACGACUUCUGAGCGAAUUCAACCAGAGGAAAAAAAAAAAAAAAAGAAAAAAAGAAACAUGUUUGAGUGAAAUUGUUUGUUGUGAGUAGCAUUUGUAUAAUUGUGUCCUCUAUUGUUUCUCUUCCUCUUCUGUUUUGUUCUGCACUUCUCUUAUGAAGUUGUGAUUGAGCUUCUUUGGAAGCAAAUAAGUUUGAUAUCAAGUGGAUAAAUUCUCAGUUCCAA